AUGUUGGUUGGAUUGAAGUUAACGCAGUGAAAAUGAGGGGGACUAUUCUUUUGAAAGCUGUCGGGAUGCACCACGUUUUAUAUUGCUAAGAAGAACAACAUUCAAAGGAAGUAUAUUUUAACAGUGAGGACAAUGGCCCUCCAACACACAUUAUAUUUUCUACUAUGUGUAACUGUCCUGGCUAUUUCUGCUGUCCAUGGAGAUAAUGACAACAACAAGACAUACUUUUGGAUUGAACAGAGCCUCCCGAUUCUACUAGAAACAAAUACAAUGCCCUUGAACUCUACUUCAUUUAGUAAACAAAAAAGAGAUGGGGAGCCAGGAGACUUCUGUGGUAUUGAAUGUCAGAGCAACCAACGGCCUUUGGACCAAACUCAACAAGAAAGACUUUUGGGGUACGAAACUUUGCAUGAAAACGGCACAUGUACACACACAUAUAUCACUCUACUGGACUUUAACCAAACCCAUGUGAUUGACAACACCCAUGGCCACACACGCAGAAAGAGGCAGGUCUACGGAGCAGAUGGAAGAUUUGUUAUUUCUGACUCUUACUUUAUCACCAACUAUCCUUUCUCUACUGCGGUUCGCCUGUCCACUGGAUGUUCUGGAGUCCUGGUGUCACCCAAACAUGUUCUGACAGCCGCUCGCUGCAUCCACAAUGGGAGGGACUACUUAGAAGACGCAAAAAAGCUCAAAGUUGGUGUUUUGCAGCUUAAGACAAAAAGAAGAAGAGGCCACAAAACGAGAAAAAAGAGUGAAGGGAAUGAUCAGACUGUGACUGAAGUGGAUGGGCGAAAGGCAGAAAAUGGCAGAAGAGGCAGCAGACGACAAGAGGCCAAAAGAAUUAGGCGAAGUGUAAUAUCCAAAAAGCAACCUGUGUUCCGGUGGACUCGAGUUAAAGAGACCAAACUACCCCAAGGCUGGAUUUACAAAGCCAGCCUCAACAAUUCUCUAUCUUCUGAUUACAACUACGCACUACUGGAGCUAAAACGUCGCACCGGGCAAAAGUACAUGGAUCUUGGUGUGGCGCCUGAUGAUACUUCAAUGGGACGAAUUCACUUUUCAAGUUUUGACACAGAUAAAAGUCACCUUGACGGACGCGGGAAGGAGAAAGUGGUCUACAGGUUCUGCUCUGUGGCAAAGGAGUCCAAUGAUCUGAUUUAUCAACAUUGUGAUGCCCAGACAGGUGCGACAGGAGCUGGGGUGUAUGUGCGUUUGAGGGGGGAGGCAGGAGGGGAGGGGGGUAAGGGGAAGUGGCAGAGAAGGGUGAUUGGGGUGUACUCAGGGCAUCAGUGGGUGAAGGCGGACAACGGAGAGGAGAGGGAAUAUAAUGUAGCAGUAAGAAUCACGCCCACUAAAUAUGCACAAAUCUGCCACUGGAUACAUGGGGAUCCAAAACUCUGUAAAAAGAUAUGAACCUUUUUUACGCUGCAGACACUUGUGAUUUAGUGCAAUACAUUUAGCAAAGUAAAUUACUGACACAUUCUCUGUUAUUAUAAGGGGGCUGGGACAUUUAUUUUUAUAAGCCUCUAAGUGUUCAUAAGGAUUUGGUUGGUAGCAGUAGCUGUCACUUGUUUCUAUUAAGUAGGCCUGCUCAGUUUGUUAUGCUUGCUUGAAAGGAAAAGUUAUUCAUUUACAAUAUCCAAUAAAUAACUACAUAAUUUUUUUAUUUUAUUUUAUAUAUAUUGCAAAUACAACUCAAACAUUGCACUUUAAAAUGGAAAGUUACCCCUAAAAAUGUACAGUUUUUAAAGGAGGGGCAUAUGUAGGGUUUUAAGAUCCAUUUGUCAAAUAAAUAAAGAACCCAAACAGAGAUGAGU